AUGCAAGCAGCAUGCGAGAAGCGUUCAGAAGAGAUUCAGAGCAUUCGAGUUGCUAAGCUAGAGCAUACAGUGAGCAAGCAGUGUCGAGCAAGCAGUAUGCAAGCAGCAUGCGAGAAGUAUUCAGAAGAGAUUCAGAGCAUUCGAGUUGCUAAGCUAGAGCAUACAGCGAGCAAGCAGUGUCGAGCAAGCAGUAUGCAAGCAGCAUGCAAGAAGCAUUCAGAAGAGAUUCAGAGCAUUCAAGUUGCUAAGCUAGAGCAAACAGCGAGCAAGCACAGUAUCAAGCAAGCAGUAUGCAAGCAGCAUGCAAGAAGUAUUCAGAAGAGAUUCAGAAUAUUCGAGUUGCUAAGCUAG